GCAACAACAGAUCCUCGGCGACAUCCCGUUUUCACCUCAGCUCCGUCGUUUGACAGACAACCUUGAGAUUGAAGAAUUGGACCUCAAGAUCAUCUCACAAGAAGACAACAUGAGUCAUAUAACCUACUACAUCGAGGCAUUCAUGUGGAAUUCUCCCAACAACGACGAAGCUCUACCUUGCGAACAGUUGGUGCUCUGCUGGGACGUCUUUCUUGAUGAGAAAACCCAGCAAUGGCGCACGAAAGCCCACUUCACCACCAUGCCACACAUUUGGCUUCCGGAUAAUGGCGCGGUAUUUCUGAGACACUUUCUUGUUCAUGUCAAACAUACCUGGCUGGCUUACUGCGAUGCCAAUCUCGUGGAUCUCCAUGUGCGUAUUUCCCUGAUGUUUUCCCAAAUGGUUUGACUCCCA